UGGUCACGUGACAAAGAAAAACAAAUGCGCGGCGGUUAAGUUACCCAAACAGUUCAUUUCAUACACUUUGACGAGAUAUAACUAAAUUACACAAAGGGCAUAGAAUUUACCACCUCGAUUUUAAAGUGGAUGUGUUUUUUUUAUCGUUUUUACGCCAUAUUUUGGACCUGUAGUCUUAUGGAGCACUCGUCUUCGUAAUAAUGCAGAGUACCUCAAGAAAGCCGGCGGACCUACAAAGACCAAGAUCACAGAGAGUCAGAUUUAGUGUUGAUACCAAAGUGCGCACACUUCAAAGUAGAAGUAUUCCUUAUAGAGUCGGAUACAAUUGGAACAAAGGCGGAAGGCUGAAAGAGUUAAGAAUAAGGCAUUUGGCAAGGAAGUUCCUUAAAAUAUGGAUGCAGAACACAUUUGGUCAGAUCCAUCCUCAUGUAGCCAAGUGUCACUAUGACAACGUGCUGCAGAGACGAACAUUUGAGGGAUGGAGAGACGAGUUGUGGGCUUCCAGGAAGGAAUGGAGUCUGUCACUACGGGCAGAUUGUCACCACAAGUAUUACCUGCUCCAACUGACGUUCCAAAACUGGCAAACAUUUCUGUCACUGCAAGAGGAAAAGAAGGGCAAAAUCCAGAGAGCUCAAUGGUUUGAUGAAAGGCGGCACAAGCGGCGUUUUUUCGACAGGUGGGAGAAUUUCGUCCAGAUGAGACGGCUGAAAAGCAGAAGAAAUCAAAUGGCUCGAGAGCAGCACAGACGCAGAAAUCUUAAUUCAAUUUGGUGUUUGUGGCAGAUGAAGUUGCAGCAGCAUCAAAACAUUUGCAAUAUGGAAGACCAAGCCUUGAGGCACCGGACAAUGAUUCUCCAGAGCAGGGCUUUUCUUCAGUGGAAAGAAAUGCACACUGCUGUUUGUUCUCAGAGAGAGAACGAAUCCAAAGCUUCACUUCACUACAUCAGCAGUGUGAAAAAUAAGUCACUGCAUCAGUGGCAAAGUUUUGUCUGCUUUCGCCAGCACAAGAGACAGUCACAAGUUGUUGCUACGCACGCCGCCCGUCUUCACCUGACAAGGUUGAGCUGGGGAGUGUGGAGGAGCGCGUGGUGUCGCAAACAGAAUGAGGAGGACCGUUUGCAAGGUGCAGGGCAGCUGGCCAUGCGGGUAUCUCAGCGUCGAGCCCUGCUGCACUGGAAGGCGUAUGUGACACGGCGCAAAGGAAAAGCACUUCGAGGCCACAUGGCAAGUCAUCACCACCAUCAGUGCCUGCAGCGUGCUGUACUUCAGGGCCUGUCACACCACGUGAGCCAGAACAGAGCACAACAACUGAACAAAAAGGCAGCUGUUCAACAUCAUCACCAGACUAUGAUCAAUAAAUAUUGGAGGCUGUGGAAGGACCGGCUGGAGAAGGCUGAAGAUGAACCUUUCCAAGCACUGACAGACAUGGCACUGACAAACUACCGCAUGAACCUGUUGAGUCGCUCUUAUGACAACUGGAGAGAGAAACUUGCACAGCAAAGACACAUGCAGGACCUAGAAUGGCGUGCGGAUAUCUGGUUUGCAGAGCACCUGUUGCCACACUACCUGAACUCCUGGAUUGAGUUUACUCUCCAAAGAAGGCUGAAGAAAGACAGGAGACACAGGGCAGAUGUCUACAAUAAGCAGCGUCUGUGUACUUGGGUGUUGUACACUUGGCAGGAACGGUCAGGGAGACGCAAAGAGGAGAUGCUGUGGCAGCGAAUGGCCAUUCUUCACGAGGAGCAACGGCGUCUGCAGAGAGCCUGGGCUCGCUGGAGGAAACAGACCCAUCAGCAGAUGGGAGAAGGGAAGGAGAAGCAUCAGGGGCAAAGGUGUCCUCAUGUCUCAGUGACACAGCGGAAAGACGCCACCACUGAGUUACACGGCAGUGAGGAGCAGGCUUGUCUUCAGGGUGAUCUUUACUGCACGAGAAGAGUGUUGGACAUGUGGAAAAAGUUUGUUCAGAGACAGAAGUUCCAGACAAACAGGAUUGAGCAGAUGCAGCGCUGCCAUGAAGAUGAAGUUGCCAAGCACAGCUUUGUGGCCUGGAAGUUUUACUUCCAGGGCCAGUACAGACUCAAUGCGUCUGAGCAAACAGCGCAAGCACUCUGGCAUUGGGCCCUCACUCUUCAAGCCAAGGUUUUCCUGGCUUGGAGAGAAGAAACGAAAUUUGCAAUGUCUGAGCAGCACCAGCAGAGGGACGCAGUCAGCAGGGCUCAAAGUUCUUUAAAUCAACCAUAUGCUGUGGAGCCGCUGCAGAGGGAGACAACAGGCGCAGAAAAAGCCCAGAGGCAUCACAACACCAAAUUGCUUUGUAAAGCACUGAGGGCAUGGAACCAUCAUCACCAUGCCUGCCUCAAGUAUAAGGUGAUGAAACAACAAGGAAUGUUGGUGCUGAGACUGAAGAUGUACCGGAGCUACUUUCAACUCUGGAGGAGGAAGUUCCAGGACACACUCAAAGUGGCUGAGCAGACACAGAGAGCACUCUGGCAUUGGGCCCUCACUCUUCAAGCUAAGGUGUUAGAUGGGUGGAGGCUGUGGGUCACAGAGCAGCGCAGGAAAAAGAUGGAGGCGGUGGAAGCUACUCAGGUCUACGGUGAUCACAUGACAGACAUCAGGACGAGCCAAAUGUGGCACGGCAAUGAAGCACGAUGGCUGCAUAUUCAGAGCGUGGUGAGGUAUUUUUUCUUGAGGUGGAAGCAACGAGCCCUUUGCAAACCACUCACAGCACAGGAGGUCAGACAUCAACCACUGACAAAGAGGAUGACAUUCUGUUUCACUGAUUUGAAAAAGGAUUCUCCAUCGGACUCAGGCGAAUGUGACGCAGACGGCAUGGACCUAAUAUCCCCAUUCAUACGACGACAGCCUCGUCGCUGCAAGGAACUGUUUGAGCCUCUGUUGAAAGUGUUACCAUAUGAUGGCAGACUUUUGGCUUCCCCAGGAGACUCGGCGCACAGCUGUCCCUCACAGACAUAUCUUCCUGCACCUCAGACACCUUGUGACCUGCUACUGCCUCCUGCUGCUUUCAUGAGCACAGAAAAGAAGUAUGGAAAUGGGAGCAUGCUUCUUCAAGACGUGCAUCCGAGUGCACCCAGUGGACAGACUGAUGAGGCGUCACCACUGAUAAAAGAGCUCAUGAGCAUUCAACAGGACAUGAGGAGUUUCCAGCAAGACAGGAAGCAACUCAGGCUCUGGCAGAGAACGAAAGAUGUGUUGCACUGUUGGCUGCAGACCAGUGGAAAAGAUGAGGACAUGGAUAAAAAUUCAGUUUGUCAACAGAUGAAUGAGGCUGGAUGACAAGAGAGUUCACUCUGCAUGUUUCUCAACACCUGGGCGGGGGUUGCUUCAAAAGCAGAAUGAAUGGAGUGAGUGAACCCUCCUGUCAGUCAUUCAGUCUCUUUGUCCCAGUGGGGGAAGGCGGGGCGCUAUUAAGUGCACACAGAGAGUGCUGCAAGUGAGCGUUGUGAGGAGUAACAAGCAAGCAAAUGCAAACGGGUGAUUCUUCCGAAAGAGGUGACAGUGCAGUUACUUCGAGGGUCAUGAUGCACCGACUACAGUGAUUUGGAGCCAUAGUCAUGUGAAAACAUACUGCAAACAUACUGAAUAAACAGGGGAAACAGCAUGGAAUACUUUCUUGGUGUCAGUUGUAUAUAAAACACGAUCUGAUGUCAAUUUCAGCCCGUUUGCGCAUCGUCAUUUUGUGACAUGAAAAAGUUUGUGUGUGACAAAGACAAUGAAAUAAAUAAUACAAAUGGGUGGAACUUACGUUUCAGCUGCCGUGAUUCCCGAAGUAUAACACCUCAUUGGCAAUUGUCAUCCAGGAAAAAUUUGUCAUUGUGACAGGCCUACAAAUGAGUUUCCCC